AUGGAAUCACCUCAGCAUAUUGGUGACAGCACAACAAAUUCGAUUAGUAACCAGUUGAGCGGGACUCAUUUACAAAAGAAGAAUGCCAACCUCACUCCUCCUUCGGAGUCAGCAUCAUGGUCAACCAAGGUGUACUCUUCGAUCUACUCUGGAGAGAAAUAUAUGGAAUUGUUGAUAGAGCUUCGUAAUGGUGAUACACUGUCGACCACAUUGUCCAUCUUGCGUCGAGUGCAAGAUUCGUACGUGAAUGUUGUUCAGAUGCUCGAGGUCAUGAUAUACUUGGGUUACCUCAACCGAGGGCAAGCCGAAUCCUUCAUUGAUGAUAAGAUCUGCAACAACCCACAAUACUAUAAAGGCGGCGAUAGCGACGACGAGUACAGGUACAACGAUUACAGAUCUCACGAAGUGUCCCAAUUACGCGGUAUCUGGGUACCUUACGACAAGGCGGUGCUGAUUGCACUCGAAAACAACAUUUACAAUAUUUUGAAGAGUCUUCUUCUAAUCGAUGUUCACAGCUUUGACAAACUACCCAAGAAGCCAGACAGCAACAAUGGCUCAUUAAAACGCGAUUCAGAAGAAGACAUGCUGAAGACAUUGGAUGGGUCUCCAACGAAACGUAGAAAAACUCAAAUCGCUUCAUCUCCAAAGGCCAUCAAGGCUGCAUUGGAGUCCAAUACCAAUUAUCCUUAUUGUCUUCCCCCGUCCACAUUCAUGGAGAAGGAUGUUGAUAUUGUUCUGGAGGUGAAACUCAAAUUUAGCGAAAUUUUCAAGAAUGACGGCGAGUUAUCCGCUGAACUCACUACAGCUGACAUUCAGAAGAUGUUUCAAAGCAUAGUCGACAAGUGUUCGACGCGUUCACAGCUGCCAAUUGCCAUGUUGGACGUCCCACUCGACUCACAAGGUAAGACUGCUUUACAUUACGCGGCGACUUUGGCUUCAAAUUUGGUUGGGAUCUUCAUAGAGCUCGGCAUAUGCUCUCCAAUACGCGGUGACAAUGAUGGCGAGUCACCAUUGGUCUCCGCUAUCCUGGUGACCAACGCAAUGGAAAAGGGAAACUAUGUGACUAUGUUAGACAAAUGGUUGUGGCCGAAUUUGUGGUUGUUUGACAAAAAGAAAAAAUCAUUCUUACAUCAUUUGAUUGUCCUGGCGACAAAGAACCUCAAAGCAUCCAAAUACUAUCUUAGUAAGACAGUGCUGUGGAUGGUCCAAAAUGCCGACAAAGAGAAAAAUCUCAAAAAUCUUUGCAAUGUGAUUGUCAAUGCACAAGAGAGUGAAGCCGGCAACACCGCACUUCAUUUGGCUGGCGAGUUUGAACUCAAAUGGUUUAUAUACGUGCUCCUUGAAUUGCAAGCCGAUCCUCAGAUUGCAAACAAGGUAGGAUUACGACCUGCCGAGUUCGACUCCGUUAAAGAAGUGAUGAAAAUACGAGAAAAUUAUAGAAAUCACGUUGACUCUGUCACGGCUACAAAAGCCUUGUUUGAAACUUUGGGUGUCGAGGGAGAGGAGGAUGAAUAUAUUCUAGAAUUAAUUUGCACUGGUGUGGAAUUCUUGAACAAGAUCGGCGGAUACCCAGAGGUAGGUAGCAUGGAAGAAGAACAAGACAUACCUGAGAAGGGGGUGAAACAUGAUGAGCUACCCAAAUCACUGUCCCACUCUGAACGAAUUUUCAAAUCGAUCCAAGAUUUGAUGAGUACCACUAAUGAGGAGUAUACCAAAGUGAUCAAUUCAAAGAAAAAAGAAAUCAACCUUUUGAACAAGGAGCUUCGUGGAGCCACCAUCAUCACGGCGAACAAUCGCUUCAUUGCCAAAAAAAUUCUUCAAAAAGUAUCAGAAAUUGACACCAUGAAAUUGCAGCUGGCAAAUAUCAUGGAGAAAUUGCAAGUCUUGAAGAAGAAACUACCAGAAGGGAAUGAUGACGAGGACAUUUUUAACGACGAUAUCUCAAACUCUGAAUUGGUGAAGUUUGACGCUGACGAGCCAUUCAUAAUCAAGGCAAUCUACGACAAAGUUGCCAACAACGAGGAAAUUGAAUCAACACCGGAACUUUUGGACUCGCUACCGUCAGCUGCGGUGUUGCAAGCACGUCUUAAUGCUUACAGAGAAGUGAAUUUCGAUUUGGAAAAAGAAUUAGAGAGCUUGCUCAACUAUGAUACAUUAACGGCUAAGUUUAAGAAAGUCGUUAGCUAUUGUACUGGAGUGGACAUCAACGAGGUAGACGAGCUUCUUGACGGCUUACUUGAAGCCGUCGAAGGACAGCAGUAA